CUUUAUUUCUUGGGUUCUGUAUUUGCAAAAUCACUUCUAUAAAAAUCCAUUCUUUUUCUUUACAAACAAAACAAAAAGUUGUUUAAGGAAUUGAAUCAAAUAUUUUCUUGGAAUUUUUUUUUAUCAUAUGGUUUUAGUUUACACCUACAUUUGUUGUUGGAGCUUGUUUUAGCUUCAAAAUAACAACACUGAACUGGAUUCAGUGUAAAAUUUCAUCCCAAAAAAUCCCAUUUUGAGAUUUUCUCAAUCUCUUCAUUGCCAUUUUCAGAAUGUCAAAUGGGACUGUGCAACAAUGGAUAUAUUCAUUUGUUACUUUGUCGAUUGUUUUUAGAACUGAAGGGCUCUUUGUAAAUAUUACUUACGUUCUCAGUGGGGUGGCAAAAGGAGCAGUAUGUCUGGAUGGGAGUCCACCGGCAUAUCAUCAUGACAAAGGAUUUGGUACAGGGGUUAACAGUUGGUUAAUCCAAAUGGAGGGAGGAGGUUGGUGCAAUAAUAUAAGCACUUGUCUUUCCCGGAAGAAUACUCGCUUGGGAUCAUCUAAGCAGAUGGUAGAAAAUCUCGCUUUCUCAGGGAUUCUCAGCAACCUGCCUCAGUUUAAUCCAGACUUCUAUAACUGGAACAGAGUAAAGGUUGGAUAUUGUGAUGGAUCAUCCUUUACUGGUGAUGUUCAAGCAGUCAAUCCGAUUACUAAUCUUCACUUCAGAGGGGCACGGGUUUUUCUUGCUGUUAUGGAGGAUUUGUUGGCAAAAGGAAUGAAGAAUGCUGAAAAUGCUAUUCUGUCUGGAUGUUCAGCUGGCGGAUUGACUUCAAUUUUACAUUGUGACAGCUUCAAAGCACUCCUACCAAUGGGUGCUAAAGUAAAGUGCUUUUCGGAUGCUGGUUAUUUUAUCGAUGCGAAAGAUAUUUCUGGUGCGCCUCAUAUUGAAGAAUACUUCAGAGAUGUUGUCAGCUUACAUAAAAAGAAGAAUAGUGAAGUCAACGGAGAAACUUAUGAUAAAUAUGAUGUUCAUUUUAUCUUAUAUUGGCUUCAGGGUUCUGCCAAGAAUCUGCCGCCAGUGUGUACCUCAAGAUUGAAGCCGGAUUUGUGUUUUUUCCCGCAAAAUGUUGCUCAACACGUGCGGACACCACUUUUCCUAGUUAAUGCAGCCUAUGAUUCCUGGCAGAUAAAGAACAUUUUGGCUCCUGGUGUUGCUGAUCCAUAUGGAUUCUGGCUCAACUGCAAACUUGACAUACUGAAAUGCUCUUCCAGGCAGCUUCAAAUUAUGCAUGGUUACAGAUUGUUGUUUCUGAGAGCAUUAAAUGCACUCGGCCCUUCUUCAUCGAGAGGGUAUUUCAUCAACUCCUGCUUUGCACACUGUCAAACUGAAGUUCAAGAAACAUGGUACAGGGCUGACUCUCCUAAGUUAGCUAACAAGACUAUAGCCAAAGCACUCGGAGACUGGUUUUACGACAAAAAUCCAUUCCAGAAGAUUGAUUGCCCUUACCCUUGUGACAAAACCUGUCACAACCGUGGUUUUGAUCCAAAUGUCCAUACUUUCGACAUUGAUAUAUAAAAUCAUUGAUAGAAGUUAUUCUUUGAGAUCAUUGAUAUGAAAAAUCAGAAACUCCCAAAGGGAAAAUAGAAAUUAUAGAAGGAAAGAAGCUUGUAUUGAUUUGUUAAAUAUUUCACAAUAAGGGAAAAGUUAUCAUGGCAUAAAAUUGUAUGCUGUGGUGCCCUAUACAGAUACUAUAUAUGUAUUCUUAUGCAAUUAGUAAAGAUAAUCUCAAUAAAAGUGAUUUAUACUUGUUUGUCUUGUCAAA